AUGAACAAGGGAGUAGAGAUGAAAACCCUUCCAAUAUUUGUAGUUAUCUGCGUUUUAGUGGCUGCGAGUGUAGAUGCUGCAGUUCAGAAGGAGAAGGUGAAUUUAGGGGUGAGACUAGAUUCCACUUCAUACUCAGGAAAGAUAGCAAAAACUGCCAUCAAGCUAGCGAUGGAUGAUAUGAACAAUCAAUCUCAAGUACUCAACGCUGUUGAUCUUUUGGGCAACCAAGUAGUGGCAUUAAUAGAAGCACACAUGUCUGAGGCCGAGCCUUUCAUAUCACAUCUUGGAGAUGCAGCCCAUGUUCCAGUUUUCUCAUUGUCUGACUCCAGUCCCGCGGUCUCAAACCAGAGAUUCCCUUUUCUUGUUCGCAUGGCACACGACGAUCGCAUUCAGAUGAAGGCCAUCGCUUCUCUGGUUAAGCAUUACGGCUGGAGAAGCAUUUCUUUUCUUCAUUCGGACCAUGAUUUUAGUUGCGGAGCCAUGUCCUCGUUCCGUGAUGCCCUUAAAAAUCUCACCUCUGAAAUAGUAUACACAACAAUGAUUCCUUCAAAUGCACAGAAACAAACAAUAAGGGAAGAGCUUUAUAAACUCAAGGCAAUAGAUUCAAGAGUUUUUGUUGUUCACACGCCUUUUGGUCUGGGCAUGAAUCUAUUCGUGGAGGCGAAGGAGAUGGGAAUGAUGGAGUCUGGUUAUGUGUGGAUGACAACCCAAGGAUUUGCCAGUCUUUGGGAUUAUGCGCUAAAUGCUUCUACAAUGACAUCAAUGCAAGGUCUACUUGGACUUAAAACACACACCCCAAAUUCUGAAGAGCUGAAUGAUUUCACUGAAAGGUGGGAACGGCAAUUUAGACUUGACAAUCCCAACAUGAAAAACUUUGAGCUCAAUACAUUUGGCUUACUGGCUUAUGAUACGGUGGUCAUGGUAGCUCGAGCAAUCGGGAAGAUAAAAGAAAACGCUAGCUUAAGUUUUCUUCAACACUCAACCACUACCAAAAUGAAGGUAUUCCAGCAAGGUGGGAAGCUUUUGCAGGAGAUUUUCUUAACGAAUUCCACUGGUUUAAGCGGGCUUGUUCGGUUCAAUGAAGGGGAAAUGUACGGUUGUAGUUAUGAGAUAGUGAAUGUGGUGGGGAAAAGCUAUUAA